GGCAAGGUAGCACGAAGCAGGACAGAGGAAGAGCCCUUGCACUGCCACCAUGUUUGCUGCAAGGACAGUCCUGCUACUCACCCUGCUCCUCGCUUUCUCCCUGCACCACACUGCAGGCCACACAUCACCCAGAGAAUGCUGCGACAGGUAUGCGCGGAAAACGGUCCGUGUGACGAGCUUCUACAAGACCCCCCAAGGAUGCUCUCUGCCUGCAGUUGUGCUUGUGACUGCCACGGGUGACACAGUCUGUGCCAACCCCAACAAGACCUGGGUGAAGACAGCCAUAGAAAAUCUUCAAAGGAAAAAAUGAAAUCCCCCUUCUGCUGUCCACCAUUGGACUUGCCCAUCUAGUUCUGUCUCUGGAGGAAGCUGAUGGUGCUCGUGGCGCUUCUCUGAAGGGUCCCAUGGCAGUGGGCACUAUCACUGCAGGAGGAGCCAGUCCAGACCACCCCAGGACCAGUGUAACG